AUGCGGUGCUCCACCCUCACCACCCUGCUGACGGGGGUCACGCUGUACCUGGUGAUGGGGGCGCUUGUUUUCCUCACCCUGGAGACUCCUGGGGAGAGCCUGGCACACAAAAACCUGCUUCAGACUCAAGAAGACUUCCUCAGUAACAACUCCUGUGUCACUGAGUCGGACUUCGACACACUUGUGAAGGGACUGGUGUCUGCAGUCAAGGCAGGCCUGGAUGUGAGCAACCUUCCUUCCAACUUGACCACCCGCUGGGACAUGGCCUCUGCCAUCUUCUUCUGUGGUACCAUCAUCACCACCAUCGGCUUCGGCAACCUGUCUCCUCGGACCUGGUACGGCCAGCUGUUCUGUGUGUGCUACGCCCUGGUUGGCAUCCCCAUGUUUGGCAUACUGCUGGCUGGAGUUGGUGACCACAUGGGCACAGUGCUGCGAAGAGCAGUGGCCAAGAUUGAGACCCUCUUCCUGAAACGUAAAGUCAGGCCCACAACGGUGCGUGUGAUCUCAGCAGUUCUCUCCAUCCUGAUUGGCUGUCUGAUCUUUCUCGCCGUGCCGACAGUUGUGUUUCAUCAGGUGGAGGACUGGUCGUUCCUGGAGUCGCUCUACUUUGUGGUCAUCACUCUCACCACUGUUGGCUUCGGAGACUACGUACCAGGUGGCAGAAUCUUCAAGCCUCUGGUGUUGUUGUGGAUAGUGUUUGGUCUUGCCUACUUUGCCUCCAUUCUCACCAUGAUAGGAAACUGGCUGAGGGUGCUGUCUAAGAGGACCCGUGCUGAGAUGGAGGAGUUGAGGGCGCACGCUACAGAUUGGACACAGAACAUGGACUUCCGGAUCCCAAACCCUCUGGAAUUCAACGACCCUUUCCUCCUGCAGCGCCGGCGCUGGAAACGCAGUGAGCGUCGCCGCAUUCGUCGGGGAGCCCAGGGCACUCUGGGAUACCUGGUUCGAGGGGGAUCUGAAAAUGGACACCUGCCGAACCGCUGGGCUGGCCUCUCCAGCUCCAUGACCCAGCUGGAGGCCCAUUCGUCUCUAGAGAGGGCGGUGGUGGCUAAGUCAAAGCCACGGGGGAGCGCUGCUGGAGGGAUAACAAGCCAGAGAGCGGCGCUGGGACAGAGGACUGAGCCUGCUGUGGGUCUUCAGAGGCCGGGCAGGUCGUUUCCUCACAUGCUGGCCCGCUCAUUCUCCGUCCCGGUGGCUCGCUCAACCUUAGAGCUGGACUCAGCAGGUGUACCCAUGCAGGAAGGAUCGCUCACUGGAUCUGAGUCUCCGUUUGACUCCAGGUCAGACGACUCCUCAGUCUCCUCAUCCUUCUUGGCACUCCAAAGGUUCCAGCCCAGCCACACUGUCAGCAGCAUGGAGGAGGGCGGAGCGAGAGCUCUCGUCAUGACCACCGCACAACAGAAAGACAAACCAAUUCCUGCAGAGAACUGUGAAUCUGUAGUAAACAAUAGCCACAAACAUGCACCUGCCCCUAGUUUUCCUUCCCAUUCCUCCCGUCUUGCCCCCUCCCACCAUCCAAUCCUCCCUCCAUCCCCUCACGUCUGCACUGCCUCCUCAGCAGGCUGCCAGCUGCUGGACUUCUUUGGAGAGAACCUGGCGUACAUCGACGAGUCCUCAGACACCCUGAGUGACCGCGCCCAGUCGACAACAAGUGAAGAGAGGAGGAGGCGGAUACGAAAGCCCAAGAAGAGGAGCAUGAGGAGGCAGCUGUCACACAGGUGGAGCCCCCUGCAGGUGAGGAGGCCCCACACUGACAUGUCACCACCAUCCAACCCCCCACCGCCACCUCCAGACUCUUCUCUUUCAGACCUGCCCCAGUCAGGGAACCAGAUAGAUUCAGUUUCUGCACUCUGA